AUGAAUCACUUUUGUAGGGGGUACAAGCGGUUUUUCAGACGGUCUAUACUUGAAAGCUCUGAUUUCCUCAAGAAUGAUUGUUUGAAAAUAAACUGUACAGUUGGAGUUGUGGUUUCAGCAAUUGAUUGUCCACAACGUAACUCUAUUAACAUCCCGGAAACUGACAUUGGAUCACAAUUUGGCACACUAUUGGACAAUAUGGAAGGUUCGGAUGUUACUUUUGAUGUAGCUGGGGAGAAGUUCCCUGCUCAUAAGUUGGUGUUGGCUGCUAGAUCCCCAGAAUUUCGAUCUAAAUUUUUUGGUGGUUUAGUUGAGGAAAAGAACGAGAUUAUUGUUACAGAUUUAGAACCAAAGGUUUUUAAGGCCAUGCUGCACUUUAUCUACAGGGAUACUCUUACAGAAGAGGUGGAAAUGGGUUCAUCAACCACAACUAACGAUUUUCCAGUUUCCGAGACAUUGACAGGAAAAUUGUUAGCUGCAGCAGACAAGUAUGGCUUGGGUAGGCUUAGAUUGAUGUGUGAAUCUCGUCUUUGUAAGGACAUUUCUGUGAAUUCUGUAGCCAACAUUUUAACCUUGGCUGAUGAUUGCCAUGCUGCGGAGUUGAAAGCUGUUUGCCUUAAAUUUGCUGCUCAAAAUCUGGCAGGUAUACCUAAUUAGUAUCUCUUGCACGUACCAUUUGCUUAGUUAGCACUUAGCAGUGACAAUAGAGCUAACAACGACUGUUUUUUCUGUAUCAUUUUUGUUGUUAACAAGUGAGUAAAAAUGUAAAACAAAAAUGAGUUCAGAUACAUGCAUCCUCUGCUAACUAAACACUGCUGUCUGACAUACACAACUAGAUACCAAGCAGAAAAUUUAGAUCGGAUAGUCCAAAAGAAAACUUGCCCAUCUAACCAUGUAAUUAUGAGAUUAUUGAAUUCAUGAGACAGCUAAUUCCAUGGAUGAUUUUGAUGUAUAUUCCCAUAUGGAGUGUUUAUUGAUUCUGCUUCACAUACACCAAAUUCAAAUCAGUAGGAGUAACUGAUAGUAGCAAUAUCACCAUUCUAAUGCCAACAUGCACUCAGAAUAUUGAAUACUUCUGACACAAGUAAAUUGGCAUAGGUUCUUUAGGAUUUAAUUUAGAUUUGUAAGAAGUUUUACUCUAUCAUUGAACUAUAUGAUUGCACCUGGUUAAAAAACAGUUCAAAACUUCUACUGGAUGUAAAAAAAAAAAAGAAGCUUAGUUACUAUAAUGAUGCCCCACUAUCUUAUUUAGAGAUUUCUAUUGGCAGUUGAUAAAGUUUAGAGUCAUGUAUGAAUUAUGCUCGUGUUUUCUAAAUGUGUCUGCAUUGUUGUCUUUCAU